AUGACCACAACCUGCUGUACAUGCGCCUCCCUCCUCCGUGACACAAAGCUGCCCCGAGACAUCAAUUCGGAGAAGCCACUCGCCUUCGACAGACAUCUUCCCUGCUGCGGCCGUAUUAUCUGUGCCGCCUGCCAGUACAAGAACCCCCGCUUCCAGUCUUACUGCCCCUUCUGCCAGAUCGCCUCCGAGGACUCGACAUCGGCCCUCCCACGCAACGGCCUCCGCCUGCCACCCGCGUACACCAAGACGGAUGGCGGCCACGAGAAGAGUCUCCGAACGCAGUUGAGCGACGCAGAGGAGGCGCCGCCGCCGCCGCCAUAUGACUCGUUACCGCCGACAACGCCGCAGCACGCGGGCAGGCAAAGCUCACCUCCGGCAGACACGCCCGACACGGUCCAUCACCUCUCACCCGACGACACCCUGGCGUCUCUGUCCCUCGCCUACGCGGUGGCCCCGCAAGUGCUGAAGCAGCACAACGCCCUCUUCUCCGACCACCUCCUCUCCGGCCGCAAGUUCCUGCUGGUACCAGCGUCGCACUACUCGGGCCCCAGCCUGUCGACGCCGCCAGACCCGGCAGAGGAGGAGCGCAAGACCAACAUCCGCCGGUGGAUGGUCGCGACCAAGUGCGCCGACUACCAGGUUGCGGAGCUGUAUCUGAAAGGCGCAGACGGCGUGUUGGACGUCGCGGUGGACGCGUUUCGGGCGGACGAAGAGUGGGAGCGGAAGAAUCCUAUUCUGGGGAAGGGCAAGGAUGUGAGUAGACGAAGGAAAAGUAGUGGUGUCGGCGGCGGCAGUUUGACGAGGCAGCUGUUCUGA